AAAAGGCCAAAAGCAAAGCCCAACCUAUCGAUCGAAAACGCUUUCUUCUUCUCAGCUCCCAAACAAAUUGUAGGAGAAGUUCCUUUGAGAAGUUUGAAACAAUGGCGACCCCCAAGAAAGGCACGCCCCCAAAGAAAACCAAGGAAGCACAGAAGCCAAGCACCAAAAGCAGCAAGAACGACGGCAACAAAAUCAAAAAGAAGACCGGUAACGGCACCGCUGCUGCGGCGGCGGCUGUGAGAUCCCCGAGCUCAAAGCCCCAGAAGAGCAGAGAGCAAAAUGGGGGCAAAAGUACGAAAACACCCACCCCGAAAUCCAAGAAGCCCCAGCAGAACGGAAAGCGAGUCCGGGAGGAAGAGGUGGAAGAGAAAGAGGAUGUGAAGUCGUACACUUUUCCGAUGGAGCGGGUUAAGAGGAUUAUCAGGGCCGAAGAUUCCGACUUGCGCAUCAGCUCCGACGCCGUUUUUCUCGUCAACAAAGCCACCGAGAAGUUCCUUGAGAAGUUGAGUGAAGAUGCGCAUAAAUGUUGUGUUAAGGAUCGCAAGAAGGCUCUUGCUUACAAGCACCUAUCCUCAGUCGUUUGCAAACAAAAGAGAUACGAGUUUCUUUCAGAUUUUGUUCCUGAGAAAAUAAAAGCCGGGGAUGCAUUGGCAAAGAGAAAACAAACCCAAGAAGGAACAAGCUAGGAGUUGCAGAACAAGAUAAAUGGAGACUGCUGACCAGUUGAAAAUUUUUACCUGCGUAUUGUAUGCAUGCAUUUGUUGUAUACACGUUCAAGUGCAUUAAGCUUGCAUAGGUUCAUAGUCUUGAAUCAGGCAUGUUUUUGGUUGGAAGAUCCAAAUUUGCUGUAGUAAAGAAAGUUCGGUUUAGGAUGUUUUCUAUUAGAUGGAUCAUCCGAUCAUAGCAGAUGCUGGUGGAAGAGCAGUCGAUGUGUAAUUGUAGGCGGUUGAUGUGGAACCAGCUAAUUUCUCUGGUGCACUCCAGUUUCCAUUUCUUGGGACCAUGGUUGGUGUUUUUCCAGAAGCCACUA